AAGCGACUCCCGGGGCCACCCAUGCGUAGAUCUCAGAGCCAGGCAAGAGCUAGGUCCCGUGGGUCCCGGAGCGCGCUCGGGGCUCCUCCUCGCCCGCGCCCCCCGCGCCCCCCGCGCACCCCGCGCCGGCGUCUGCGGGGCCGGAAGGAAGGGGCGGCGCAGCCGGGCCGGGGCGGGCACCGAGGCCUGGCGGGCGGGCCUGGGGCGCUUUCGUGCCUGCCGGGGAAAGGCUGGCGAGGAGGCUGGGGGCGGACGCAGGGAGGAAAGAAGCAAUGGGGUGUUUUUGCGUUUUGACAUUUUAAAAAGAAGUGCAGAUUCGCUUCCCGGAGCCGGGCUAGCAGCCUGCGCCAUGGUUGGGGACCAACGUGGGGCGCCGGCAGGGGCCGGGGAGGGAGGCGGCCGCAGCGGGGGCCCGGGAGCGCAGGGCGGGCCUGGAAGAGCUCCGCCCCAAGGGGCGCGGCCACCCCGGAGGCGGGCGCACGGCUGCUUCUCAUUCAUUGUCUUGACAAGAGCAUCCUCAGCGGGCGAGUCCCCGGCUCCUCCAGCUCCUUCCUCCUCUUCCUCCUCCUCCUCCACCUCCGGCUUUUGGGGGGUCACUGUCCUCUCUCGGCAGCAGAAUGAGCCGGCAGGUGGUCCGCUCCAGCAAGUUCCGCCACGUGUUUGGACAGCCGGCCAAGGCCGACCAGUGCUAUGAAGAUGUGCGCGUCUCACAGACCACCUGGGACAGUGGCUUCUGUGCUGUCAACCCUAAGUUUGUGGCCCUGAUCUGUGAGGCCAGCGGGGGAGGGGCCUUCCUGGUGCUGCCCCUGGGCAAGACUGGACGUGUGGACAAGAAUGCGCCCACGGUCUGUGGCCACACAGCCCCUGUGCUAGACAUCGCCUGGUGCCCGCACAAUGACAAUGUCAUUGCCAGUGGCUCCGAGGACUGCACAGUCAUGGUGUGGGAGAUCCCGGAUGGGGGCCUGAUGUUGCCCCUGCGGGAGCCCGUCGUCACCCUGGAGGGCCACACCAAGCGUGUGGGCAUUGUGGCCUGGCACCCCACAGCCCAGAACGUGCUGCUCAGUGCAGGUUGUGACAACGUGAUCAUGGUGUGGGACGUGGGCACUGGGGAGGCCGUGCUGACGCUGGGCCCAGAGGUGCACCCAGACACGAUCUACAGUGUGGACUGGAGCCGAGACGGAGGCCUCAUUUGUACCUCCUGCCGUGACAAGCGCGUGCGCAUCAUCGAGCCCCGCAAAGGCACUGUGGUAGCUGAGAAGGACCGUCCCCAUGAGGGGACCCGGCCCGUGCGUGCAGUGUUCGUGUCGGAGGGGAAGAUCCUGACCACCGGCUUCAGCCGCAUGAGUGAGCGGCAGGUGGCGCUGUGGGACACAAAGCACCUGGAGGAGCCACUGUCCCUGCAGGAGCUGGACACCAGCAGCGGUGUCCUGCUGCCCUUCUUUGAUCCUGACACCAACAUCGUCUACCUCUGUGGCAAGGGUGACAGCUCGAUCCGGUACUUUGAGAUCACUUCCGAGGCCCCGUUCCUGCACUAUCUCUCCAUGUUCAGUUCCAAGGAGUCCCAGCGGGGCAUGGGCUACAUGCCCAAACGUGGCCUGGAGGUGAACAAGUGUGAGAUCGCCAGGUUCUACAAGCUGCACGAACGGAGGUGUGAGCCCAUUGCCAUGACAGUGCCUCGAAAGUCGGACCUGUUCCAGGAGGACCUGUACCCACCCACCGCAGGGCCCGACCCUGCCCUCACGGCUGAGGAGUGGCUGGGGGGUCGGGAUGCUGGGCCCCUCCUCAUCUCCCUCAAGGAUGGCUACGUACCCCCAAAGAGCCGGGAGCUGAGGGUCAAUCGGGGCCUGGACACCGGGCGCAGGAGGGCAGCACCAGAGGCCAGUGGCACUCCCAGCUCGGAUGCUGUGUCCCGGCUGGAGGAGGAGAUGCGGAAGCUCCAGGCCACGGUGCAGGAGCUCCAGAAGCGCUUGGACAGGCUGGAGGAGACAGUCCAGGCCAAGUAGAACCCCGCAGGGCCUUCAGCAGGGUCAGCCAUUCACACCCAUUCACUUCCCAUUCCCAGCCACAUGGCAGAGAAAAAAAUCAUAAUAAAAUGGCUUUAUUUUCUGGUA